AUAAAUCCGUCUCUCUCACGUGCACGAUCUCUUGCAGUGUCAUUUCUAAGGUCGAUGUGCUUUCUUUCUCUAAUUUAUCAGAAUUAUUUGACUUUUGUUUGUGAGGUUUUCUGGCGAGUUUUAGUGUAAAUUGUUUUCACAAUUCAACAAAGUGUUUCUCGUUAUUUUGUGUUAAUAUCGUCAAAGUAACCUUUACAAAAUAAUGUCCGACAAAAAAGGAAACGAGAUGAUCAUGAAAGUAUGUUACUUCCAGCUUCAACUGCACAGGAAGAUGAGCUGAUCACCCCCGGACGUGGAUCCCGAAAAAAAACACUAUCGGUGGCGCCGGUCCCCCACAAUCGAGUGGACCGUCUUUUACUCCGCAACCGCCGCCGCAAGCCAAUCCCCCAAUGCCUACGUCGCAACCGUACGGAGUAAUGCCCGGUAUACCGGGAGGUAAUCCCUACGUGAUUCCCGGACAGACUCAGAUUUAUCCUCAAGGUCCUCCUCCUACCUACGAUCAAGCUCUAACUCAUCCGGCGGCAAUCGUCGGACAACACAUGUACCCCCCCGGCGCGAUGUACGCCGCCGGUUACCCGACGUAUUUAGGUUACCCGACCUACGCCCCGAUGCAGUAUUACCCAUCGUUAGGCGCUUACUCGUACGCCAUGCAACCCGCACAAUUGAGGCCGACCAUUAUGAUACCCAACGGGUACGACGCCGGCGCUCGAUUCGACGGUAUAGCUCAACAGGUACUUCCCCCGGCUCCGCCGGGCGUUCCCCCGUCGGCGGCGCAAUUGGCCGCGAUGGCCGGUCACCAGGUGGCGUUAGGACAGAAGAAAAAUACUUUCCUGGCGGGCGGAUCCGAGGGGGGGUAUACUUUUUGGUAGGAAAUGCUCGGGCGAGCGAUUAGGGGUUAAAAAAAAAGAAGAAGAAAAACGAAAUUGUUAUAUUUUAUUUUUGACGGACGGAUGCCCCGAUGGGUUUUUUUUUUUUAAAUCUAGUCCUUAGUUAAUAGGUCAGAAAAAAGUUGUUUGGUCGGUCGCAAAAGAAUGAAACGAAAUUUUUGAUAUUUGGCACAAUUUUUGCAAAGUGGAAGCUGUAACUCUUAUAAAUUGUAACUAACGGAUAAAAAUAAGAGUUACAUCAUCCGUUCAGUAUUAAUACACCGAUAAGACUCUUUAAAGGACAAAACUUGUGUUUAUAAUGAAAAUUUUUCUAAUUCUGACGUUUUCCAGGCUAAUUUCACUCUUCAAUUCGAACAAAACCUUAGCAAGUUGAAACUUUAAGAGAAAAAUAAGAGUUACAACCCUUUUUUGUUCCAAUAAGAGUUUUUAUAAAGCAAAUAAGGAUUAUAGAACAAUAUGGCUCUACAUUUUGAUAAUCUUUUGUAUAUUUUAUCGGUUUUGGUCUCUUAACGGUGACUGUAACUCUUACAAAUUGUAACUAACGGAUAAAAAUAAGAGUUACAUCAUCCAAUCGGUGUUGAUACACCAAUAAGGCUCUUUAAAGGACAAAACUUGUGUUUAUAAUGAAAAUUUUUCUAAUUCUGACGUUUUCCAGGCUAAUUUCACUUUUCAAUUCGAACAAAAACUUGGCAAGUUGAAACUUUAAGGGAAAAAUAAGAGUUACACUCCUUUUUUGUUCCAAUAAGAGUUUUUAUAAAGCAAAUAAGGAUUUUAGAACAACAUGGCUCUACAUUUUGAUAAUCUUUUAUAUAUUUUAUCGGUUUUGGUCUGUUAACGGUGACUGUAACUCUUACAAAUUGUAACUAACGGAUAAAAAUAAGAGUUACAUCAUCCAAUCGGUGUUGAUACACCAAUAAGGCUCUUUAAAGGACAAAACUUGAGUUUAUAAUGAACAUUUUUCUAAUUCUGACGUUUUCCAGGCUAAUUUCACUCUUCAAUUCGAACAAAAACUUAGCAAGUUGAAACUUUAAGGGAAAAAUAAGAGUUACACCCCUUUUUUGGUCCAAUAAGAGUUUUUAUAAAGCAAAUAAGGAUUAUAGAACAAUAUGGCUCUACAUUUUGAUAAUCUUUUAUAUAUUUUAUCGGUUUUGGUCUGUUAACGGUGACUGUAACUCUUACAAAUUGUAACUAACGGAUAAAAAUAAGAGUUACAUCAUCCAAUCGGUGUUGAUACACCAAUAAGGCUCUUUAAAGGACAAAACUUGAGUUUAUAAUGAAAAUUUUUCUAAUUCUGACGUUUUCCAGGCUAAUUUCACUCUUCAAUUCGAACAAAAACUUGGCAAGUUGAAACUUUAAGGGAAAAAUAAGAGUUACACCCCUUUUUUGGUCCAAUAAGAGUUUUUAUAAAGCAAAUAAGGAUUAUAGAACAAUAUGGCUCUACAUUUUGAUAAUCUUUUAUAUAUUUUAUCGGUUUUGGUCUGUUAACGGUGACUGUAACUCUUACAAAUUGUAACUAACGGAUAAAAAUAAGAGUUACAUCAUCCAAUCGGUGUUGAUACACCAAUAAGACUCUUUAAAGGACAAAACUUGUGUUUAUAAUGAAAAUUUUUCUAAUUCUGACGUUUUCCAGGCUAAUUUCACUUUUCAAUUCGAACAAAAACUUGGCAAGUUGAAACUUUAAGGGAAAAAUAAGAGUUACACUCCUUUUUUGUUCCAAUAAGAGUUUUUAUAAAGCAAAUAAGGAUUUUAGAACAAUAUGGCUCUACAUUUUGAUAAUCUUUUAUAUAUUUUAUCGGUUUUGGUCUGUUAACGGUGACUGUAACUCUUACAAAUUGUAACUAACGGAUAAAAAUAAGAGUUACAUCAUCCAAUCGGUGUUGAUACACCAAUAAGACUCUUUAAAGGACAAAACUUGUGUUUAUAAUGAAAAUUUUUCUAAUUCUGACGUUUUCCAGGCUAAUUUCACUUUUCAAUUCGAACAAAAACUUGGCAAGUUGAAACUUUAAGGGAAAAAUAAGAGUUACACUCCUUUUUUGGUCCAAUGAAACUUUUUAUAAGGCAAAUAAGGAUUUUAGAACAACAUGGCUCUACAUUUUGAUAAUCUUUUAUAUAUUUUAUCGGUUUUGGUCUCUUAACAGUAACCGUAACUCUUAUAAAUUGUAACUAACGGACAAAAAUAAGAGUUACAUCAUCCAAUCGGUGUUGAUACACCAAUAAGGCUCUUUAAAGGACAAAACUUGUGUUUAUAAUGAACAUUUUUCUAAUUCUGACGUUUUCCAGGCUAAUUUCACUCUUCAAUUCGAACAAAAACUUAGCAAGUUGAAACUUUAAGGGAAAAAUAAGAGUUACACUCCUUUUUUGGUCCAAUGAAACUUUUUAUAAGGCAAAUAAGGAUUUUAGAACAACAUGGCUCUACAUUUUGAUAAUCUUUUGUAUAUUUUAUCGGUUUUGGUCUCUUAACAGUAACCGUAACUCUUACAAAUUGUAACUAACGGAUAAAAAUAAGAGUUACAUCAUCCAAUCGGUGUUGAUACACCAAUAAGGCUCUUUAAAGGACAAAACUUGUGUUUGUAAUGAACAUUUUUCUAAUUCUGACGUUUUCCAGGCUAAUUUCACUCUUCAAUUCGAACAAAAACUUGGCAAGUUGAAACUUUAAGGGAAAAAUAAGAGUUACACUCCUUUUUUGGUCCAAUGAAACUUUUUAUAAGGCAAAUAAGGAUUUUAGAACAACAUGGCUCUACAUUUUGAUAAUCUUUUGUAUAUUUUAUCGGUUUUGGUCUCUUAACAGUAACCGUAACUCUUACAAAUUGUAACUAACGGAUAAAAAUAAGAGUUACAUCAUCCAAUCGGUGUUGAUACACCAAUAAGGCUCUUUAAAGGACAAAACUUGUGUUUGUAAUGAACAUUUUUCUAAUUCUGACGUUUUCCAGGCUAAUUUCACUCUUCAAUUCGAACAAAAACUUGGCAAGUUGAAACUUUAAGGGAAAAAUAAGAGUUACACUCCUUUUUUGGUCCAAUGAAACUUUUUAUAAGGCAAAUAAGGAUUUUAGAACAACAUGGCUCUACAUUUUGAUAAUCUUUUGUAUAUUUUAUCGGUUUUGGUCUCUUAACAGUAACCGUAACUCUUAUAAAUUGUAACUAACGGACAAAAAUAAGAGUUGCAUCAUCCGUUCAGUAUUAAUACACCGAUAAGGCUCUUUAAAGGACAAAACUUGUGUUUAUAAUGAAAAUUUUUCUAAUUCUAACAUCCCCUCCAGAUCAAUUUUGCAUUUCGAUAGGAAUAGAAGUUGGAACAGUAGCCGUAACUCUUAUAGAUUGUAACUAACGGACAUAAAUAAAAGUUACGGUUACAAUGAGACUUGUUAUGAGACAAACACGGUUUAUAGGACGUUACGACAUCAAAUUUUGUGAAUUUAAUAUACCUAAUAUCGUUUUUUAUUUGUUUUACGUCUUUUAAGAUGUAGUAACUCUUAUAAAUCGAAGCUGAUUCAAAAAAAUAAAAGUUACAAUCGCCAUAGAGGAAAUUUUUUCCGCUUGGUUAACUUCUGCUUCCUAAAGAACAAAAAAAUGUCAUUUUUGACAUGUGAUGGGAUUAUAAAACAGUGUCGUAUGUCAUUCUUUUGCGAUUCGAUAUAUUAGCGCACUAACAACAGGCGUGUACGUGAUUUUAUUUUCUCUCUCUUAUUUUUUUUUUUUUUAAUUAUUAUUAUUAUUUAAACGAUUCAGGUAUCGAAAAAAAGAAAAAAAAAACGUGAAAGCUCUUGUUUUAAUUAGGAAUUACAACAACAAAAAAACUUGUAAUAAAAUAGGACUUAACUAUAGUAAAAAUAAAUUAAUCGAAAUUAUUACCUCACUUUAGCUCUUAUUAAAAAAAUAUUCAGCAUUAUUUUUUUUGUUCUUUUUCUUAUAGUUUAUUUUUUUAUCCAAAAAAAAAAAAUAAAUCGAAAUGGGGCAGCUAUAAAUAUUCGAAUUUCAAUAAUUAACCGUUUUAUUGACAUUUUUUUCUCAUAUAAUAUUCCUUAAAAAUAUUUUUAAAGUUCGAAACGUAUUACUACUCCAUUUCCCCGUUGGAUUUAUCGAAAAAAAAUAUGAUUGAAUCGACACCGUUGAAGAAUGCAUGGUACGAGGACGUUCCAAAAAGUUUUUACUACACCUACACUUAAAAUUACACUUUCUGGUCCUUCGAGCCGGGUAUGAACUGUUUUAUAAGGCUCGAAGGACCAGAAAGUGUAGUUUUAAGUGUAAGUGUUGUGGUAAUAGAUUAAUUGAAGUGUUUUUACUUGGAAAUUGAUGGAUUUUCGUACAAUAAACUCUGUUUUUCACAACCGGCGAGCUUAAAAUGGCGUUAAGCUUUAUUAUCGGCCAUUUUAAAUAAUUACAUUACUAACAGCGAGAUCAAAAUGGCGUCAAGGUUAAUUAACGAAAUUUUUAAUCAAGUCGGCCAUUUUGAAUAAUGGCACUGCUAACGGCGAGAUCAAAAUGGCGAUACGCUGGAUUCUUUAUGAAUAUACCUCCGUAUUUAAAUGGUAAAUCGACGUUUUUUUGGGAUGAAAGUUGUGUCCUCGUACCGGAUACUUUCAAUUACAUGUUCAUCGUGUGUUUUUUCGUCAUUUUUUAUAAUUCUGUGCAAUUUUUCAGUUGGAUAUUAUAAAAAUGUUUCCGUCAACGUUUGUUACGUUUCAUUGCGGUCCUAAUGGCUGAAAUAUUAGCUAACUUUUUUUUAUUUGUUUAAAAAUUAUUGACGGUUGUGUUUUUGUUUAAGUUUUUUUUUUGAUUUGUCGUAAGAUUUACAUCCCAAAUUAAGUUUUGUGCCAUUUGUUGAAAGAAAAAACCUUCCAGGUGAAUUUUUAGACUCAAAUAAAAUUCUUUUUAAAAGCUAGAACAAUUGGAUUUUUUUUAUUUUACACUAAUAGAUUUUUUUCGGAAACUUCUCAUCCGACCCUGGUAUAUACAUGAACGGACUAUGUUGAAAGUCUAAAGAAUAUCGAAACUUUUUCGGUUACAUCUAAAAUAUGAAAAUAAUUUUUUUCUUAAUUUUCACAUUACUUUUCAUCCGAACCCGAUAUAUAUAAACAAAGAAUACGAAAAUCAAAAAACUUUUCAAAUAGUCUCCGAAUCUUAUGAAUGUCAAAUUUUCGUUUAUCUUGAUUCUUCUUUUUCUUUAAUUUUCAUCCAUAUAACAAUUCCAGUUACUUUUGAAAUAUAAAACAAAACUACUGGAAUAUUUUAUAUGUUUUUAAAAGAAUCUGUUCAUAAUUAAACUGAAUAAAAAACAAAAAGUAAACAUUGAUAUCCAAAUAAAUACUCACAUGUAUUAAAAAUAAAAUAAAACAUAACCUACAAAAAUCAUCGAGUCACUAUUAGAUCGAUUCAACACAGGUGUCAACAGUGUAGUAAAAAAAUCUUGCAGUGUAAAUCGAUUUUGAAAAAAAAUUCACUAAUAUUUCAGUUUUCACAGUUUUGGCAUCACAAAUAUUCACUUUCUAAUCUCAUUAUUCGUCGAUGAGAGACAACAACAAUCGUUGCCAAAUUGUGAAUCCCACUAACUAAUUAUAAAGCUCCCGAUCGUGCUAAUAUCAAUUUAUUAGUUGAAUUAUUUAUCAUCAAAUUGAAAUUUAACGCAUAGGAGUGGAAAUUUUUUCAACUUCUAUGUCAAUACUUUUGUAAAAUUGUGGUCAGUUGCACACUACGACCCGUCAUCAAAAAUAAAUGAAUAGUAACUGAAUCAUUAAUAACAAUAACUUAAUAGUCUUGGUUAAAAAGGCCACUUUUUGAAGUUGACAGCUUUCAAAACUUUAUAGUAAGCUUAGUGGGGGUAUGAUAAUACAUAUUUGUAUUAUUCGUUUAAAAAAAUGUUUUGAAUACUUGAUUUAACGGAAUUGUUAUACGAGGGAGAUAAAUUUUAGUUAUUCAUAAUUGUUAUGAUUAAACGUAUUGGUUAUUUCACUUUUGUUUAUGAACUGGUGCAACUGACGACGAAAUUUAUAAUUGUCAGCAUGUUUCAACAUUUCCAUCUCUUAACAGAUAAGUAGUACAAAUAAAUAUUUUUUUUAGUCUCAUUUACUUAUGAAGAGGUAAUUUGAAAAGUGUUUUUACUAAAAAAAAUCAAUUUUGAAUAAUUAAAAUUUGUUUUUACGAAUUUCGUGAUUGUGUAAAUUCUUAUAUCUAAACAAUUGUUCUUAGGAUGAUAUUAGUUCGUUUUGAACGUACUUUUUCUUAUAAAUAAUAAUUAUAUAAUUACAGAAAAUCAAUAUAUAAUACUUGUAGUAAUAGUAUUGUGAAUUUUUGAGGUAAAAAAACACUUGAAUAUUUACCUUUCCAUAAAUUCGAUAUUUAUUUCUAUUUUUUUAAUGUUUGUUUGAUCUAUUAUAAAAUAAAUAAUUAAAUAUACCGUUAAUUGAAAUGAAAUCAUUCUAGCGCAAUAAAUAAAAGUUGAAUGUAAAA